AUGAAGAUUGCAGAGACCAUGCCUGAUAUUGCCGGCGUCGUUCAGGGCGCCAUGGUCUUGCACGAUGCCAUAUUUCUCGAGCUGCAACUUGAACAGCUGCAACAGGUUUUAAGGCCCAAGGUCGACGGGAGUAAGCAUCUCGAUGAAGUUUUCCCAGAGGAUACUCUGGAAUUCUUUAUAUACCUCUCGUCCCUGGCAUACAUUGUCGGCAACCCUGGGCAGAGCGCCUACGCCGCCGCGAAUGCAUUCAUGGCUAGCCUCGCAGCAAAUCGUCGACGCCGUGGGCUUGCCGCGUCAGUCAUCAAUAUCGCCGGUGUCAAGGGCGAAGGCUACGUGGCUCGGCGGCUAGAGCAGAAGAGGGAACUCACGCUGCAGAAGGGCGGGUUUCCAUUUAUUCCACUCAGAGCCUUUCACGAAGCAUAUGCCGAGGCAAUCCUUGCCAGCAACCCUCGAUCAGAUACCAGUUUCGAAAUCUCCACCAUACUACGGGUUCCGGGGAAGAACCGGGAUGGGCAGGCCUUUUCGUCGAAUCCCAUCUUUCAACACCUGGUUACAGCAGAGAAGGGCAUCACCCCGCAAAAGACUACCAGGGCUACUGGAUCAGCUCUCUCUAUCAAAGAGGCAUUCUUGAAAGCAAAGACCAAUGAAGACGUCUUCCGAAUUGUCAAGCUUGGAUUACUUGCCAAAGUCCGACUCGCUUUGCAGAGUGACUUGGAGGACAAUUUGAUGCUACAUCAAAGUCCAGACAAGAUGGGCAUCGAUUCGCUAGUGGCCGUCGACAUCCAAUCAUGGUUUAGGAACGAGCUGAGCUUGGAAAUGCCGACGCUGAAAAUUCUCAAUGCGGCGUCUAUGAAUGAUAUUCUCGAAUACGCCUGUUCGCAGGUGGAGCUCACCAGCCAGGAUCAGGACGCCGUCGAGGCAGCUGAUGAGACCAGUGGAAGCCUCUCGCUCGAAGAAACCACGGCGUCGUCAACCCCCUUGGAUCCGAGCGGCCAUGUUGAAACAGACUGCACCUCAUCCACCGACGCGUUCCAGACCUGUGACGGUGCUUUCAGCGAGAGAGAUGAAGACUUCUCAGAUGAAAGACACUUUGAAAGGACAGCCCCCAUGUCUUUUGCCCAGUCGCGAUUUUGGUUCCUCAACUCCUACGUUGAAGAUCAGUCUGCGUUUAAUGUGACGAGUUUAUGUUGCCUCAGAGGGACUCUCGAUAUUGAGAGGCUCGAAAGAGCAUUCACGAGCGUAAUACAGCACCAUGAAGCCCUGCGGACCGUUCUUUACAUCGACGUGGCCACGAGACAGCUUACUCAAGGCGUGGUGAGAACCUCGGACUCUCCUUGCCAAUUCCAGUACUCAAAUGUCAAUCAGCGUGGCGAGGUUGACGUCGCAAUCAAAGCCAUGCAGAGUCAUGUUUUCGACCUCUCCAAAGGAGAGUCCGUCUUUCUUCGUGUGCUUCGGCUCAAGGCCAAAGUUUACUUCCUCGUCUUGGGCUAUCAUCAUAUCUACAUGGACGGAGUCGGGCACCAGAUCUUUCAUGCUGAUCUAGAAAAAGCGUACCAAAACUCUUUGGAGGAGUCAAAGACAAGUAUGCUACAGUAUCCAGAUUUUACAUUGAGACAGAUCAGCGAGCACAAGCGCGGCGCAUGGUCCAAACAACUCGCAUUCUGGAGGGACCAACUUGGACGCCGGCCAUCGGCACUACCGCUCCUUUCACUGUCCCGUACAUUGAGCCGUCCAAAGGUAUCAUCUUUUGGAUCCUUCCAAGCCAAGAUACGGUUGGAUGAAGGGCUCAGUGGCAGUAUUGCAACAUGCUGUCGGCAGCUGGGUGUCACACGUUGGCACUUCUUCCUAGCCGUUUUCAAUGUUCUCCUCUUCCGCUUCACCAACAACCCAGAGAGAGAUAUUUGCAUCGGCGUGGCAGAUGCCAAUAGGAAAACCGCAGAUGUGUUGCAUAGCCUUGGUCUUUUCCUAGACAUUCUUCCGUUGAAGCUGUCACUAGAACCGGAUCAGUCCUUUACUGAAACAGUCAAGAAUGUUAAAGAGGCAAGUGACGCUGCCUUUGCCAACUCUGGGGUGCCUUUCGACCUGAUCCUUGCGGAACUGGGUGUCCCUCGGUCGACUUCCCAUACCCCCCUUUUCCAGAGCUUUUUCAACUACCGCCAAAACAUUCAGGAGACUUGGGAGUUUUGCGGAUGCGAGGCUGAAGGCGAGCUCAUCUCCGCUGGCCAAGACGCCUACGAUGUUAGCCUCGAUGUCUUGGACAGUAGCAGCGGGAAAGGGGAGCUUGUCACCAUUUCUGCGAACAGUGCGCUGUACACGCAAAACGAUGCCGUUGUUCUGGCAAAGUGUUUCGUGAGCCUUUUGACGAAUGCAUCUCGGAAUCCAGCAGCAAAGAUAACGCGGGCCAUACUCUAUCGAGAGGAAGAUGUUCAGGAUUCCAUCGCCGCAGGACGAGGGCCAGAGUUCCGGACGGAAUGGGGAGGGACCAUGAUCGAUCAUAUCGCGAAAAUGGCUGAAAAAUAUCCUGACAGACUUGCUCUCGUGAACGGAUUUAAACACCAGCGUCUCAGCUAUCAAUCCAUGGCCACCCGCGUGAACCAAAUCUUGACUGAACUCCACAAUCGAGGAGUGACGAGCGGCUCGCGUGUUGGAGUGUUCCAAACCGCCGGGCCGGAUUGGAUCUGUUCGUUCCUGGCCAUACGGUGUGCCGGUGCAACAUGUGUUCCUCUCGACCUUCGAGUUGGCAAAGACCGAUUGCUUCUCAUCGUACGGGACUGCUCAUUGGCUUUGAUGUUGGUUGAUGCGGGGGCUUUGAAUACAAAUCAAGAUCUCUUGAUGAAGACUGGGAUAGAGAUGGUUGAUGUUUCGGGGGUUUCGGUGUCCGAUAACAACCAUUCUACCACCAAGACUAUAAGAAGCCGAGCCAAGGCUUGCCAAGAUUCCAUCAUUACUUAUACCAGUGGAUCUACCGGUACACCCAAGGGAAUAAUCCUCAAGGAUUCCUCCCUUCUGAACUUUGUCGAAGAUGGCAUCUCACGUUGGAAACUUGAGGAAGGCAAAGAAAUCAUUCUCCACCAGUCGUCUUAUGCAUUUGACAUGGCCAUGUGCCAAAUACUCGUGUGCCUCGGCUCUGGCGGGACGCUCGUCUGCCCCAAGGAUGAUGAGCGCCACGAUCCGCAAGCCAUUUGCUCUAUAAUCGCCUCGGAGCGAGUCACAUUCACGAUUGCCACACCCACGGAGUAUUUGGCAUGGAUUCGGAGUGGGUGGGAGAACCGUCUCCUGCAGGGCUUACAGUGGAACAAGGCUUUGAGUGGCGGAGAGCCCAUGACAGAGAGCCUUGUCAAUAGUUUCUCGUCGCUGGCGAGGCCCCAGUUCUGUCUGAUCAAUGGUUACGGCCCAGCCGAGACGACAUUUGCCUGUGCCGACUGCAUCGUUCCGCUCGGCGCUGGGCACGGCAGCGGUAUACCGGAUUUCGCUGUAUUGAGUCCCAUGUCCAACAUCAGCAUACGCAUAGUCGACGAGGACUUGAAGCCAGUCCCGUGCGGUGUGCCUGGCCAGAUCCUAGUUGCAGGCGCAGGGGUUGCGCGUGGGUAUCUGAAUCAACAGAGUCUCACGGAUGCUGCGUUCGUUGCGGACCACGAGGCAAGCGAAUUUGCUAAGGAGAAAGAGUGGGCGACUGCCCAUCUUUCAGGGGAUCGAGGACGCUUAGACUCGUCCGGUCGUCUCACACUGGAAGGCCGGGUCCGGGGCAGCACGCAGGUAAAGCUCAGGGGGUUACGAGUUGACCUCGAAGAGAUUGAAAAUGCCAUUUUCAAAACCAUGAUGCCAUCGGUGGAGCAGGUCGUGGUCUCCCUCCGAACGAGCUCCGACUCAGACACUCAAUAUCUAGUUGCGUUUGUUGUCUGGCCAAGGGAGACGAGGCUUGGCCAGGCCCCUCGCAAGGAAUUGCUGUCGCAGCUCCCAGAGUUGCUUCCACUUCCGCACUACAUGAAGCCCUCGCUCGUGGUGGAGGUGGACAAAAUCCCGACGACUUUCUCCGGCAAGAUAGAUCGUGCGGCAGUUGACAUUCUCCCCUUGCCUGUGGGGAGGAAAGACGAGUGUCAGACGGGCCCGAGCUACGACACGAGGAAUUCAGAAGCACUAUUGCGGCAGAUUUGGGCCCAGGUUCUCCCCACUGACGUCUCGUCCCGCACUGAAUUGCUGUCUGACACGGAUUUCUUUCACGUCGGGGGAAGUUCGUUGGCUCUUAUCCAUCUCCAGGCAAUUCUUCGCGAGCGUCUGGAUAUUUCGCUCCGACUAGACCAGCUCUUUGGAGCCACAACCCUCAGAGAAAUGGCCGACUUAAUUUAUUCGUAUGAUGCAAAGUCUGAAAAUCCUCGGCCCUACGAUGUCGACUGGGAGUUGGAGGCCGCACUCCCGCCCGACUUGGUUGAUGUGAUUGACGAAGAUGCAACGAAACCAACUAUUCCCCCCUCAAUUAUUGCCUUGACUGGUGCUACAGGCUUUCUCGGGCAGGAAGUACUCAGCCAACUAAUCGACAACGGCAACGUCACAAAGAUCUACUGCCUCGCAGUACGAAAGGCAAAAGACUCUUUGCCGGCUCUCUUUCAGCAUCCCAAGGUGGCCGUGUGCAUGGGUGAUUUGGCCGCCCCGAGGAUCGGGCUCUCACCCGACGCAGCGCGGUCUAUAUUCCUGAACGUCGAUGCAGUUCUUCACAUGGGCGCGGACGUCUCGUUUCUCAAAUCAUAUCGAAGCCUCUUCCCUGUAAACGUCGGCUCCACGCAGGAGCUGGUUCGUCUAAGCCUGCCACGACGUAUACCGUUCCAUUUCGUGUCGACCGCGGCAGUUGCGCAACUUACCGGACUGGACGACUUUGGCCCUUUUUCGGUUGGUCAAUGGCAACCAGGUCCUGUCUCUGACGGACAAAACGCCUACACGGCUUCAAAGUGGGUGUCCGAAGUGUUUCUUGAACACGUCUCACGACGCUUUGGAUUGCCCGUUCUUGUGCACCGCCCGAGCAGCGUGACGGGGAACCAAGCGCCUUCCAACGAUUUGAUGAGCAACCUGCUAAAGUUUGCAAAAAUCACGACGUCCGUGCCGAGGAUGGAAACAUGGCGCGGAUCCCUGGAUCUAGUCAGCGUGAGCACGGCGGCGAGACUUAUCAUCGGCCACGUUUUAUCCAAGGUUGAGAAUCUCGAGUACGUGUACCAGUCCGGCGAAGUGGUGCUUCCUCUGCACCAGCUUGCAGAGUUCUUGUCGAAAACGGAGGGGAAGACGAUUAGGGUCGUCAAUCUCAGAGAUUGGAUAGAGUUGGUCAGUCAGGCAGGCAUGGAUCCGUUACUGGUGGCGUACUUGAAACGCUUGGACGGGGAGGCGAUAGUAUUUCCAAAUAUCCACGGGCAGUAG